UCAGCCCCAGAAGAAGAAAAGCUCUCUCAGAACAAACCAUGCCAUUGAUGAAUCAGAAGCGACUUCGAGGGACACAGCAGCAAACGAAGGACUCAUUGGUAUGGAACCCAGAGAGCUGUAGUUUGGCAGAAGCUCUUGCAAAACUGCAACUCCCAGGAUUCCCACGGCAGGCAAAGCGGUAUCAAACGGCGUUCCUUCCGCAGUGUGGAUACACGCAGAGUCGAGGAAUGCUUAGAGGUGACUUUGAAAUACUGUACAACCUUUGCAAUACCUGGAGCAAAGAUCCCUUGGGUGGGAAAGGAGAGCCCUUCCUUUCGGCUUCCUUUGGGAGGGAGGGAGGGAGGCAUCCAUACCCCGCGUUUCCCUUUCGCCUUGACCUUGAUUCCCCCCGUGGCUUCCGCAUCCCUUCCUCCUUGGCGGCCGCCCACCCGAGACUCAGUCGUCAGUGGAAGCGCGUCAGAGGCAGGAGGCGGCUGCGCUGCAUGUGCUUUCUUCUCUGCCUUCUUGCUGGGAAGGAAGCGGAGUCUUUCGUAACGCUGCGUUUUUCCGAGGAGGAGCCCUGCCUGCUGCCCCACCGCCAGCGACCCUCUUUGCAGCCAUGUCCGGGGAGGCGACCCCAAUGACCCAGGAGCUCAAUGGCAAUAGUUGGAGCCAGGGAGGCAAGCCUUCCCACCUACGGGGCUCCGAGAAGAAAUGCUCAUGGGCCUCUUAUAUGACCAACUCCCCUACUCUGAUUGUAAUGAUUGGCCUUCCUGCAAGGGGCAAGACCUAUGUGUCCAAGAAAUUAACUCGCUACCUCAACUGGAUUGGAGUGCCUACCAAAGUGUUUAAUUUAGGUGUGUACCGCCGUGAAGCUGUAAGAUCAUAUAAAUCAUAUGAUUUCUUCAGGCAUGAUAAUGCUGAAGCGAUGAAGAUUCGAAAACAGUGUGCCUUGGUGGCUCUUGAAGAUGUGAAAACUUAUCUCAUGGAAGAUUCUGGCCAGAUUGCUGUCUUUGAUGCAACAAACACAACCCGAGAGAGGCGGGACAUGAUUUUAAAUUUUGCUAAAGAAAAUUCUUUUAAGGUAUUUUUUGUGGAGUCUGUCUGUGAUGACCCAGAAGUCAUUGCUGCUAAUAUAUUGGAAGUGAAGGUCUCCAGCCCAGACUACCCAGAGAGAAACCGAGAGAAUGUGAUGGAUGAUUUCCUGAAGCGAAUAGAGUGCUACAAAGUUACUUACCAACCUCUGGAUCCAGUUGAUUAUGACAAAGACCGUUCUUUCAUUAAGGUGAUCAACGUAGGACAGCGCUUUCUUGUCAAUCGUGUCCAGGAUUACAUCCAAAGUAAAAUAGUCUAUUACCUCAUGAAUAUUCAUGUUCAGCCACGCACCAUCUAUCUUUGUAGACAUGGUGAAAGUGAGUGCAACCUUGUCAGCAAGAUUGGGGGAGAUUCAGGUCUAUCAACGCGAGGAAAGCAGUUUUCACAAGAACUGAAAAGCUUCCUCAAAGAGCAGGAGAUAGUGGAUCUGAAGGUUUGGACCAGCCAGCUGAAGCGAACAAUCCAGACAGCAGAGGCUUUGGGGGUACCAUAUGAACAAUGGAAGAUACUGAACGAGAUUGAUGCUGGAGUAUGUGAAGAAAUGACCUAUGAAGAGAUUCAAAGAAAAUAUCCAGAGGAAUUUGCACUUCGGGACCAAGACAAAUACCUUUACCGCUAUCCUGGAGGAGAAUCUUAUCAAGAUUUGGUCCAACGCUUGGAACCUGUGAUCAUGGAGUUGGAACGUCAGGGCAAUGUCCUAGUUAUCGCUCACCAGGCAGUUCUAAGAUGCUUAUUGGCAUAUUUCCUAGAUAAAAGUGCAGAUGAAUUACCCUAUUUGAGGUGCCCUCUUCAUACCAUCUUAAAACUCACACCAGUUGCUUAUGGCUGCAAAUUAGAAAUGAUUUCCCUGAAUGUUGAAGCUGUAGAUACACACCGAGACAAGCCAUCUACAACGAACAACCUUCCAAAGAGCCAAAACCCUAUAAGGAUGAGAAGGAACAGCUUCACACCACUAGCCAGUCCGGAUACAGUAAAGCGUCCUCGCAAUUACAGUGUUGGGAGCAAGCCUCUCAAUCCAGCAGGAUCGCUGCUGUUCCUGGAGGCUCGAGAUGGGGCUGAUCAAGAGAAGCUGCAAGAGAGCAUUGCUCUGAAACUGCAAAGAAAAGGAGAUAAAUCAAACUCUUCAGUCGUUUGUGAAUCUCUCCUAUCUGUCUCCACCACCAAGUAAAAUUGUACCAUAAGAGAUAGAUUUGUGGCAACCCUAUAUAGAGUGUGGUCAAUCUGUCCCAUAGCCUCCUUUUUACACAGUAGUAUCUUGCCCUUCCUUCUGCUGCACUGCUGGAGCAAAUAUGCCUGGCAAAUAUUUUUUUACAAAUCAAACUUUUCCAUUUAAAAUGUAAUAACAUAUAUAAAUCUGUUUUUUCAAAAAAAAAUAUGAUAGCUGUUCCUGUCCUGUGAGAUAUGUUUUGUGUGUGUGGUUUUUGUGUGUUGCAUAUUAGUGAAGUGACAUUUCUGCCUUGCACGUACCCGUGAUGUGUGAAUCCCUUUGUGAAAGCGAGUUGCUUUUAUUUCAACAUUAAGAAAUGUAGAUUUUUUUUUUAAAAGGCGUGGGCACUUUUUAUUCAUGGGCAUGAUUUGAUAACCUUGAAAGAGAGAAAUUUUUUUUUGUUAAAUGAAUGGAGGGGUAUUUCAUUCAGUGCCUGGAAUGAACUUUAAAUAUUUGGAAUGGUUACUGUUUUUACCCAAUGGAAACAUUCCCUCAAGCAUCUGUAAAUGAUUUACCUGCACAGUGUGAUUUAUUACUUCCUUAGAAAUGCAUCACUUUUGUCUCUGUCCUGAAAAACUUUUCCGUGUUUCUCCAAUACUAUUCCUUCUAAUUUCCAAUAAUUGUCCUCUUUUUAAGUAUUUUGAUUACAUUACUUAAAAUUAUACUUGUAAACUUCCACUCCUCCAUUCUGAUAAGUCUGAUCUAGUUGCUGGAGGAAAGAAAAGGAAACAGGAUGCUGAUUACAAACUUGACAUCUAAAAUGCCUUUGGAAAGUGCUCAGAAACUCCAAUUGUUCCAAAAAGCAGCAGCCAGGCUAUUAACUAGUGCUGGUUACAACUAGUGUACCCCCCCCCCCCGCCAUUUGCAGCAGCUCCACUGACUGCCAAACCUGUUUUUGGGCACAAUUCAAGGUGCUGGUUCUGACCUAUAAAGCCCUAUGGUUUAGGUCCAAGUUAUUUGCAGAACUUAAUCACUCUACGAACCUGUUAGAAAUAAUCUGGGGAGGGGCUUCUCUCUGUUUUACUACCUACUCAAGCCUUUUCUAUGGCUGCUCCCAGACCGUGGAACUCCCUCCCAAGAGAGAUCAGGAUAAGCCCAUCCGUGCGGCCUUUUGCAGGCAGGUCAAGACACAUCUCUGCUGCCAGACAUUUGGAGGAUGUUGGGGGCAGGGGGGGGGGGAGAUAAAUGGACUUGGGGGUAUGAGCUUGAAAUGUAAUUUUUAUUGUAUUUUAACUGUAUUUUAUACUUAUUUUUUUAAAAAAUUAUUUGCCUUGUUUUAAAUUAUUUGGUUAUUGUUAUUGUUAGCUGCCUUGAGUCCCUAUGGGAAAAAAGGCGGGAUAAAAAUAAAGAUAAUAACAAUUACAACAACAGCAGUAGCGGCAGCAUGGAUUGCGCAGAGUCCAAUUGCCUAUGAACAAUUAAUUUUAGCCUAAACGUACUCUAAAGGACAAACAUGGGAGGUACCAGAUUUGCAUGCAUGUACACUAUUAACUGUUGGACUAUGAAACAUUCCAUUAUUAUAUGGUAAGCUUGUUGAAUUGUUUCCAUCAUAGGGUAUUAUUUAGACUAACUCUCAGACUUUAUAGCACCUCAGAAGGUGGUAAUCUAGAUUUGACUAAUUUAGGAUAGCUGUCUUUAUCAAACUUAGAUUCAACCUUUAGCAACAACCCACAACACAGAUAAGGACAUUUUAGUCUUUCUCUUGCUUCCCUCUCAUUCUUUCUUGUAUCUCCCUCUUUUUUUUGGUCCAUCUUUUUCCUUCUCUUGGAAGAAAAGAACCCUAAACAAGAAAAUGGUGCAUCUAGUAAAUACAACACCCAACUUGUUGUUGUGGUCCAAAAAACUGCAAAGGCAGCUUCAAUAAACUUAAUGUCCCCUCAGUUUAUGUACCCAAAACACAUUGGUUAGUUCAGUGAACUGUUUUGUAGCAUCUUUUGAGGUAGGCCUAUCUUCUCUGGAUACUUUGCUGUUUCUUCAAGAGAUCUGUGAUUCUUCUUUGCAUACUUAUGAAAGAAUGAACUUGGGGCCUGUCACAUUCACAGAGAUUCACUUGAACUUUUGAAAUAAAUGAUUGUAAUUUAUCAGUUUGUAAUAAGGCUUUUCACGACUAAAUCUAUGUUUUUUAGAUGAUUGCAUUUCAAAGUAGAGGGCAAUGUGCCUUUAUUGGCCCUUUACUAAUAAACCUGAAAGUGUGAUUGUAGAAGAUGUAAUGAUGUGUAUGUAUUUGUACAACUAAAAACAAAAUGGUCAUUUUUCUGAAACUGCAAUUGUAAGACAAUUACUUUUAAAGGGUCCUGGCUCAGGAGGGAAAUCAGGCAGAAAACCCAGUCUCAUGAGAGAUGCAAAAAGCAAAGUUUAUUAUCACAGCUAUGAUAAGGCAGAACAGCCGUACACACCCACCUCAAUGGGUCCGUACCAUGCAAAUGACCACUGCAACAUGUGCGCAGUUAACAAAGAAUAUAUAUCUUGGCCUAUCUAAACUUGACCAAUGGCUUCCACACCUACUUUGGCAUAAGUGAUACCAAUGACCUAACUUGUUUACUCUGAGCUUUCUUCUUUCCUUAGAACUUUCUGGAGAAAGGCACCGGCUCACAGGAAGGGAGGGGCAUAUGCAGAGGCAAAGCCACACAGGCAAAAGUUUACUAUUUUCUGGCUUAUGGUCCCUUUACAAUCACAUGCAAACUUAAGUAGUCAUCUCUUGCAUUGUAAAUGUGAAUAUAACAGUUUAUCUACAUAUUUAUCAAUUAAUUACAAUUAUCUGCUGCCUUUCCUCCAGUGAGCUCAUAUAUAGUUUUGGUCCUCUUCAACAUUUUCAUCACAACCUAGUUGUUCUAAGUCCCAGUCAAACACGCUAACCAUCAUACCACGUUGUUUUUAAUAUGUUUUCAAUAUGAUUCAGAAUUAACUACAUGAAGAGUGCUUGGCAACAGAGCCUCCCCUAUCCACUCAAUUUGUCCUUAUAUGUUUUAAAAAAUCCACAAACACUUCCUGAGUGCAAGAACAGGAAUUAUAAAAUAGGUGUGCUGUCUUGUGCCUUUUAUUAAACCACAAUUUAGUUCCAAGCAUAUGCAGUGCAAGUCAUGCUUCAUUUCCUGCCCCCUGUCCUUUUUUUGUAUGAUCCGAAAUCUGUUGUAGAGAUACCUUUACACUGAUGGAUGGAUACUAUCAGAUACAUCCAUCUAUUCAUUUGAGUUAUAUUCUUCCUAAAAUUAAAAGCAUCAACAUUAAAAUGCAGUUGAAUUAAAAGAAAAAUAUAGCACUUAACCAUUAAGAAUUUCCCUAUUUCACUAGCAGAUCUGCUUGACUAAAAUGGUGUUUGCGCAUGGUAGCUUCCUUAAUCCACUUCACAAGGGUUUUCUAUUGCUUGUGUUGCCAUGGAACUACAUAGAAUGAAUCGUAUAGUUCGCCUUCCACGUUUGCUGAUUUCAGUAAUCACUGAGUUAGGCAAAAUGUUCUGCCGAGGUCUUCCAGUGCAACUUUUUGGUCAACUUCUGUUGGAAAUUGGUCACAAAAUCAUGCUGGAGGAUCUGAAUCUCACUACAAUUUUAUGGACAAUUUCCAGCUAUGCUGGAGAACCUAAAUAUUUCUAGAGAGGUGUUCUCUCAGGUGAAAAAAAGAGCAGUUUUAUUAGUUGCAAUUUUUUGCUUUUUCAAGAGUCUUGUUUUCUUACCACAGAAAAUAUGGAAGGCUGAUUACCGGUGUAUAUUUUUGUGUUGUCCAAAGAUGGAUUUCAUGUGAGAAAAUGAAUAAAUCUAGGGCUGUACUGUACUAUUUUGGUGAUUCAUUUGUAAAUACAAUCAUGCCCAGGUGUGAAAGCAGAGUGAAUACAAAAAGUUGUUAAUACUGCAUGUCAAAACACUGUCGUAUGUUUUCUUUCUCUGAAUAGCUUUCUCAAGCAAAGAAAGCAUGCAUUGCUCAGUUCUCUGAGUAACAUCAUUUUGUUCUUACAUUUCUGGGAAAAGAAAUGCUCACUGAUUUAUUUGUUUACUAGAAAAUGAUGUUAAUACCAAGAAUAUGACUUUACUCUCUAUUGGAGGGGGAAUUUUGAGGAGGUGGAGAAUGGAUGAAGUUGGAGCUUCUGCUAGUUUUAAUUUAGCUAUGAUGCUAAUUUGGCACAAACAAACCCACUCUUUCCUUUGCACUCUGUCAGCAUAGCUGUAAGAGACACAAACCAGAAACUAUGGAUAAUUUUAACUACAAUUUGUACAAAAAGCCACAAUGUUUUGUUCAAGUUUGGCAAACAUCAUAGUCACAACUGACUAGUUCAUUUUAACUUGAGCUUGAUACUUCUUUACACUGCAUUAGCAAUCAUUUUGUUGCUGUUGUGUGCCUUAAAGUUGUUUUCAACCUAUGGUGAACCUAAGUUAAAUUUUUCAUACAUUUUAAUUGAAAAUGGUUUGGAAAUAUAUGUUUCAAACUUCUUGCAAAGGUGCACUGGGAUCUCAAAGGUUGCUGUCUAUACAGUGAUGUGAAAAGAAAAGCAUGUGGAUAUCUAGAUCAUUGAAGUGUCUAGGUAAAAAAAUAGUAAAUAUGGAUAUGUAUAGAUAAUAUACAUGGCCUGAUUUUAACACAUCUUUGUGGCAUGUACAUAAACCAUGUCAGAAUCAGAUGUUGAUUCUAAGGUGCACCCAAACACAUUUCUGAAGUAGCUUGUGCUGGGUAAGAAGCUGUUUUUCAGAAGAAGGAUAUAAAAAUUUAUAUUACAUAUAUUUUUAUUUGGGGUUCCUGAUAAAUUUUACUCCUGAAGAUAAUAAAAGAUGUGCAAGUCAGGGUUCACCAUUUUUCAUAUUAGUAUUUUCAUGCUGCAAGCCUGAACAUCCAUCUUGCACUAAUGUGUCUUCGAUAUUUGUAUUUCAACUGUGAAAUAUUUUUUCAGUAACUGUAAGCUACUAAGCCACAUUCAUUUUCUGUGCUACUUGUUACCACCACCAACUUUUUAGAAAUGGAGUAGCAGUGGUAAGCCUGAAAAUGAAAUGGCACUGUGUAGAAAUCAUACAAGUGCACUACAAUUGUCCCUCCAUGACUGCGAGUUUGGCUUUUGCAGAUUCAAUUAUUCAGGGAUUUGAUUAAAUUAUCUUUAGGACCAUCUAGGUCAUUCUGACGGAGGUUGACUUUAGGCUCAAGCUAGAGAACCUAGAAAUUCCUUUAGAUGGCAAAAUUUAUAUUUAUGGUUUUUCAUAUGGGUCCUGCUUGAACUUAACCUGUAUUCUGUAAGUGGCUUAUUUAGUAAACAUAUAAAAAUUAAUUUGCAAAUAAAGAUGUACUAAGCAACUCUAUAAAUGCUGGUUUAUAGCAUAUGGCAACCAUUUAACUUCUUUACAGUCCACUCCUAAUAAUGGUAGAGUUCCGUACAUUAAUGGGACUCUCCAGCAAAUAUGUUUAGGAUUUUAGGCAUACUAUUUUGUACACAUCUUUCAAGAUGCAAAAUGUACAAGGAAUUUAAAAUAGCAUUUUGAUGAUAUAUAAUUUAGUACAACUCCUAGAAUUCUUAUGUAUCCUAAAUAUUUUUUCAAAGACCAAAGGAGCUUAUUAGGAAUAUUUAUAUUGUAAUACAUGCAUGAACAUAAUUUCAGCAAAUAUCUCCUUCCAUCACCAGAAUGUGAAGAUUUUUUUCUGCCCAGAAAGUAUAAUUCUCUGUGCCUUGAGAAACAUUGUUUCAAAUCAAAUAUCGUAGGUGUGGUCUGUAUCAUGUAUUGCCAAUGUGACCGUAUAACAUGUCAAUACUGAAGGAGCAGCAUAGUAAUGAGAUUGCAUUAGAAUCUGGGAUUUCACAAUUUUAAUAUAUACAUUUGAUUUCU